AUGAUUUUCCGAUCACUUUGUCAAAAUCAUUAUAAAAAUCAUUUCAACAUAGGUUUAUUUUUUACAUUUUCGUCCAUCUUGGAUGGGAUAAUAGUCGACCUUUCGGACAUUGAGCGUGAUCCUCCAGAUUUUUGUAGUGCACGCCCAAUUAAUGAUGAAGAUCCUUAUCAUUGGCGAGGAACUAUAAUUGGACCACCAGGUUCUCCUUAUGAAGGAGGAGUCUUCUUUUUAUUCAUCACGUUUCCACAUGACUACCCGUUUAGACCACCAUUAGUUUCAUUUAAAACACGGAUAUACCAUCCAAACAUUAACAGUCGAGGAAGUAUAUGCUUGGAUAUACUCAGAGAACAAUGGUCGCCGGCUUUGAGUAUAUCGAAAGUUCUCCUUUCCAUCUGCUCGUUUUUGUGUGAUCCAAAUCCUGACAGUCCACUUGUGCCUAGCAUUGCUGAACUUUAUAUGAACGACAGAGACCAGUAUAAUACAAAUGUUCGCAUAUGGACACAACUGUAUGCUAUGUGA